CCCUUCUCCACUCUCCUCUUCUCUUCCCUCGCGCCGCCGCCUCCCCGACGACGCUCCGCUCCGCUCCACCGGCGUUCCCUCCCCGCGUCAAGGUGAGAGCUUGAAGCACAGUAGAAGGAAAGGACCAAGCAGCAGCCAUGGCAUCCCGAUUUUGGGGACAGGGAGACAGCGACUCCGAGGAGGAGGAGCAGGAGAUCGAGUCGGAAGCAGGAAGCGAGAGCGAGGAUGAAGGUGGUGAUGCCGGGGGGCGUGGCGGAAACCAGAACCGCUAUUUGAGGACGACGAAUGCAAGCGACAGUGAUGAGUCUGAUUCUGGUCAGCGAGUGGUCCGCUCCUUGAAGGAUAAGCGCAACGAAGAGUUGAAAAUUACCGUUGAUCAGAUGCGAAAUGCAAUGAAGAUCAAUGACUGGGUGAACUUGCAAGAGAGUUUUGAGAAGCUCAACAAGCAGCUUGAGAAGGUGGUACGUGUCAAUGAAUCCACCACAGUUCCAAAUAUGUAUAUCAAGGCCCUUGUAUUACUGGAGGACUUUCUUGCUGAGGCACUUGCAAACAAAGAGGCUAAGAAGAAGAUGAGCAGUAGCAAUGCAAAGGCACUAAAUGCGAUGAAACAAAAACUAAAGAAGAACAACAAGCAGUAUGAGAACCUUAUCCAGGAGUGCAGAGAGCACCCAGAGCGCUUUGAGGAUGAUGAUCUGGAAGACAAGGACGUGGAUGAUGAGACAGAGGAUGACGAUACUGAUGCAGAUAUUGAGGAUCCUGAAAAGAUAGCUAUGUCUGAAUCAGAGGAAGGAGAUGACGAUGAGGAGGGUGAUCAGGAUGGUGGAGCCUGGGAAACGAAGCUGAGCAAGAAAGAUAAGCUUAUGGACAAGCAGUUUCUGAAAGAUCCAAGUGAGAUUACAUGGGAUAUUGUUGAUAAAAAGCUCAAGGAGAUUGUGGCUUCAAGGGGUAAAAAAGGUACGGGGAGGGUUGAGCGUGUUGAGCAGCUUACCUUUUUGACACGUGUGGCAAAAACACCUGCUCAGAAGCUUGAAAUUCUUUUUCAUGUGAUUUCCGCCCAAUUUGAUGUGAACCCUAGCUUACUUGGUCACAUGCCAGUCAACAUGUGGAAGAAGUGUGUUAACAACAUGCUUCUUGUGCUUGAUAUACUGCAGCAGUAUCCUAAUAUUGUAGUAGACACCUCAGUGGAACCUGACGAGAAGGAAACUCAGAAGGGUGCUGACUAUGAUGGAAAAAUCCAUGUUACUGGUGAUCUGGUUGCGUUCCUGGAGAGACUGGAUUCUGAAUUUUUUAAGAGUUUGCAGUGCACUGAUCCAUAUACUAAAGAUUAUGUUCAGAGGCUCAGGGAUGAACCUCUGUUUCUGGUUGUUGCACAGAAUGUCCAAGAUUACCUGGAACGUGUUGGUAACUUUAAGGCUGAAGCUAAAAUUGCACUGCGUCGUGUUGAAUUGGUAUACUACAAACCUCAAGAAGUAUAUGAUGCAAUGAGAAAGCUGGCAGAGCAGAAUGAAGAUAGUAGGGAGGAUGAAGAUGCAGAGGCUGACGAGGAGCGUCAAGUAGCUGAUGAUAAUAGGGGGCCUCCACCAUUUGUUGUGAUCCCUGAGGUCGUGCCUAGGAAGCCUACCUUCCCAGAGAGUGGCAGAGCUCUGAUGGAUGCAUUGAUGUCUGUGAUUUACAAGUUUGGAGAUGAAAGGACCAAAGCCCGGGCAAUGUUGUGUGACAUUUAUCACCAUGCUAUCUCUGAUGAAUUUUCUGUGGCUCGUGACUUGCUUUUAAUGAGCCAUUUGCAAGAUGGGGUUCAGCUGAUGGACAUAUCAUCGCAAAUACUGUUCAACAGAGUCAUGGCCCAGCUGGGGCUGUGUGCUUUUAGGGCUGGUUUGAUAACUGAAGCUCAUGGUUGCUUGUCUGAGUUAUAUUCAACUGGGAGAGUGAAGGAGUUGCUUGCACAGGGUGUGCAACAAAGCCGAUACCAUGAAAAAACUCCCGAACAGGAAAGGCUUGAGAGGAGAAGGCAGAUGCCUUACCAUAUGCAUAUAAACCUUGAGCUUUUGGAAGCCACACACUUGAUUUGCGCAAUGCUGAUUGAGGUCCCCAAUAUGGCUGCCAGUACUUAUGAUAAGAGGAGGUAUAUGAACAGAACAUUCCGCAGGCUUCUUGAAAUCAGUGAGAGGCAGACUUUUGUUGGACCACCAGAAAAUGUGAGGGACCAUGUAAUGGCUGCAACAAGGGCCCUCAGCAAGGGUGACUACCAAAAGGCUUUUGAUGUCAUUAAUUCACUUGAGAUAUGGAAGCUUUUGAGGAACAAGGAGCAUGUUCUUGAGAUGCUGAAGCUUAAGAUCAAAGAAGAAGCUCUUAGAACCUAUCUAUUUUCAUACUCUUCUUGCUACGAGUCCCUGAGCCUUGACCAGCUCACUACAAUGUUUGACCUUAGUGAGCAACAAGCGCACAGCAUUGUUAGCAAGAUGAUGAUGCAUGAGGAGCUUCAUGCUAGUUGGGAUCAACCAACCAAGUGCAUCAUUUUCCACAACGUUGAUCAAACUAGGCUUCAGGGACUCCUCUUCCAGAUGGCUGAUAAGCUCUCUGUCCUUGUCGAGAGCAAUGAGAGGGCAUAUGAAGCUAAAACUGGUGGUACUCUUGAGGGGGCACCACCCAGGCGCAGGGGUGAUGGUCAGGACUCAUCCAACAUGGGUAAGUGGCAGGAUAAUUUCCUAUCGUCUCAAGGGCGGCAAGGCGGUGGGAGGUCUGGCUAUGCCGGCAGAGUUGGAGGCUCUGGAAGAGGUGGUGGUGGUGGGUACCAGAGGGACAGGGGCAGUCAGGGUUCCCGUGGAGGCUAUGGUGGUGGUGGUGGUGGUUCACGCUUCCAAGAUGGAAGGUCUCGCACGCAGUCCGGAUCAAUGGCUAGAGGAGGUGAUGGCAGUGCACGAAUGGUGAGCCUGAACAGGGCUGGAAGAGGUUAGAGGACAAGUUCUCCAGGAUAGUUUUCAGCACAAAGUUUUGCAGGUUCCGAAGCACUGAUCAAGUUUCUGGCAUUUCGAAAGUCACCUCUGUUCUGAACCUAGUCUUGUUUUCUUAAUUUCGUUGCAAUUUACGGUUUAAAUUUACCAGUCACUUGGACAAAGAACUCUGGUUUGUACUCUGUAGUACCAUGGGAGUGAGUGCUCCAUAUUCACUCCUAUAUCUUAUAUCAUGCUGCCACUAUUUUCUACUGUUGUUGCACUUUAAUUUUACGUUGUUUACUUCUGCGCACGUGUGAUUGCAUUGAUCGAAAUUGGAGGUCAUGUGUA